AUGAAUAACAUGAAAGUUCAAGUAGAGGUGGAUCCUACCGAGGACACCGAGUGGAACGAUAUUUUGAGAAGUCAUGGAAUAAUACCGGAAAGACCUCCUUCUCCGACUGCAGAAUUGGAGGCUGCGCUCGAAGAAGCUGUAAGAAAACAGCAUGAAAACAGACUCGAAUCCAAGGACUUGGAUGAGCUCGAUGGCCUCGAAGAUGAAGAAGACGAGGAAUUCUUGAAUUUCUACAAAAAUAAGAGAAUGGCUGAGUUACAGAAGUUGGCAGAGAAAAAGAAGUUUGGCUCUGUAUAUCCUAUCGCAAAGAACGAAUACGAAGAUGAAGUGACAAAAGCUUCCAAUGAUUCGUUCGUAUUGGUGCAUAUGUCAUUGCAAUCGGCAUUACAGAGCAGAUUAUUGUCGACUUUGUUAAGUACUGUUGCUCGUAAGUUUCCAGAGAUCAAAAUCUGUGAUAUUGAAGCUACCAGAUGUAUUGAGAAUUAUCCCGAAUCCAACUGUCCUACAUUUAUUAUAUAUCACAAGACCAAUGUGAUUAAACAGUAUAUCACGUUGACUCAAUUGGGAGGCAACGACGCUAAGUUGAAGGACAUUGAGCGUGUGUUGGUAGACGUAGAUGCUGUAGAUGUCAAUGACAAGAGACUCGAUAUAAACCAGCAGGACGAAGACUUGGAAGACGAGAGACGGAUGCGUUUCACGAAGAAGUCAAUUAGGGGUCGACAAGAGUUUGACAAUGACGACGACGACGAUGAUUUCUACGACUAA